AUCCUAUAUGCUGUAAUAGAAAUAAGGCCAUGCUCAUUAAAGAAAGUAUUGUCCUCCCUCAUCUUAAAAUGGCACCGACCGCCACUGGCCGUUAGUAAGCUAGUUAUCAAGCUAGCUAACUCCGUUGACUGGCGUAAGAUAGCUAGAUAAGUAGACGUGUGUGUGUGUGUGUUAUUAAUCGAUUUUAGAUUAUCCAUCAAGCUAGCUAACUCCGUUGACUGGCGUAAGAUAGCUAGAUAAGUAGACGUGUGUGUGUGUGUGUUAUUAAUCGAUUUUAGAUUAUCCAUCAAGCUAGCUAACUCCGUUGACUGGCGUAAGAUAGCUAGAUAAGUAGACGUGUGUGUGUGUGUGUUAUUAAUCGAUUUUAGAUUAUCCAUCAAGCUAGCUAACUCCGUUGACUGGCGUAAGAUAGCUAGAUAAGUAGACGUGUGUGUGUGUGUGUUAUUCAUCGAUUUUAGAUUAUCCAUCAAGCUAGCUAACUCCGUUGACUGGCGUAAGAUAGCUAGAUAAGUAGACGUGUGUGUGUGUGUGUUAUUAAUCGAUUUUAGAUUAUCCAUCAAGCUAGCUAACUCCGUUGACUGGCGUAAGAUAGCUAGAUAAGUAGACGUGUGUGUGUGUGUGUUAUUCAUCGAUUUUAGAUUAUCCAUCAAACUAGCUGUAGAGAUGAACUGCUAUUCUAACUUGUGUCAUUUGUUUAACUUCUCAGAUCUCGCAUCGUGAAAAAACUUACAUUGGGAACUCAAAUAUGUUCCUUAUGAUGGAAUCCCCUUCCUGGUGGUCGGUCGGAGAACCUGCCGCCAGGGCAAGGAGAAACAUGCGAGGGAUAAGAAGAGGGAAACACAAAUGAACAGGAGGCCGAGGAGAAAAGCACAGGAACCAAAAUGCUGGGAACAAGAUAAAACAAGGGAUGGCUGAACGAAUGAGGGAAUUUAUUUCCGGGUUUUAGGACUACAAGCUGAAAGUGAACGGUAAUGGCGUUUCCAUGGUAUUGGAAGAAAAGCCUGCGAAGCAAAGACGGCCUUUGGCUACAGCUAGCUAAUGAGCUAGAAGACGGUGGCUGCUCAAUACUUCGUCCAACCCGUAAAAAAAGAAGGGAGGGCUAGAUUGGGAAGAUCAUGAUGAAGCUGAAAACCUGCCUUGUAUUCUCAUCUCAGUGACUCCAGUCCCAUCUGUUCAGUUUGGUUACCAGCAGAUUUAGGAUUGAAGGGCUCUCUGUCUAGAUGACAAGCACACAGCCUAUGUCCCUGAACACUGGUGAAAUUGCACAGGAACUAAGAAGAUGGAAACACCUCUGAGUUUUUUUUUUUGACAGAACAUGGAAUUUGACUGUAAUUAGGAGUUGAAUGAAUGUUUAUAAUACUGAAUGAAGGAGAUUUUAAAGGCAUCUAAACAUCAGUGGAUUGUGGAAAACAAAGUAAAGGUGGUGACCAGGCUCAUGGUGGGGAGGCAGGUAGCCUGAAGGGUGACCGGAGGGUCGACGGACUGAAAUCCAGAGCCCUCUAAGCUGAUCUGAUUGGUUAAAAUACCAUUUACUGGAGAAGAGAAGAAACAAAAAUCAUCAUUGGUCUGUCUGUAAACACAGCCGGAGACAGAGGGAGCUAGUGGCUGUGAAUGUGUGAAGCUCAUCCCAGCUGUGUGCAGGUGUCCCUGGGCUAUGUAGCCAGACUUACACCUUGACAUGCUCCAGACCAGCAACUACUCGCUGGUCCUGAUGGUCCAGCUGGGUCUGCUGACCUAUGACCUGUUUGUCAACUCCUUCAGCGAGCUGCUCAGGGCAGCGCCCGUCAUCCAGCUAGUGCUGUUCAUUAUCCAGGAUAUAGCCAUCCUGUUCAACGUGAUCAUCAUUCUGCUGAUGAUGUUUAACACGUACGUGUUCCAGGUCGGUCUGGUCGCCCUGCUACUGGAGAGGUUUAAAGGCUUACUGAUGCUGUGUGCCAUCUACCUCACCCUCAGCAUCUCCUUUCACUGCUGGGUAGUGAACCUGAGAUGGCUGGAAUCCAAUCGUUUCAUCUGGACGAAUGGCCUGCGUGUCCUCUUCGUUUUCCAGAGGGUUGCUGCAGUGUUGUAUUACUACGUCUACAAACGGACAGCAGAGUGUCUGGGCGACCCGCGGCUGUAUCAGGAUUCUGUCUGGCUGAGGGAUGCCUUUGCCAGAGCUCGUCAGUGAGAAGGAGGAAAUGGAAGGAACAAUUACACCCCCAAAGGAUUUAUUACCAGGCGAGGCCUGCCAGGCUCUGUGGUGACUCACUGCCUGGGUGAGCCAUGUUCAUUAGGCAUGAAACGGAAGAAAACUGAAACAGGGAGGGACUCCCUGGCCUUGUCCAAUAAGAAAUAACCAUUAUUGUUUUCCCGCUUCAAAACGGUUUGCCCCACUGAAAAUGACUCGGGGCUAGGAUGGAGCUAACGGAAAAGUGAGAAACUGCAAUGGGUUUGUACAGCAGUGAUGGAUCAUCAAGUUAAUGUACCACACUACACAAAUAUGGACUGAUGUUGUGACAAGAAGUAGACAAGACACUAAAGGACAAUCUGAGGCAGACUUUCCUUCCUGUUUUUAAAACAGUACAUUCAUAAUGACAGCUAUUCAUUUAGUGUUUUUACUAAAAUGGGAUACCGAAGUAUCCCAAACUGCACCCUAUUCCCUAAUAUAGCGCACUAAAUGGGGAAUAGAAUGCAAUUUGGGAUCCACGCCUGGUUCUGGAACAACAGUGUGUAUGUAUAUAUAGGAGUUGUUACUGGUUCCCCUCUCAGGUGAGAGAGGAAGUCCUGGGGCUCGAUUCAAUCCAGAAGGUCUGUGUUGUAGCGUGGUUGGAAUAUCAAGGUCAUUUCCUGUUGAGACGACGUAUGCAACGUUUACUGUGAAGGAAGUCUCCGCUAUAAUGCUGAUCUUCUGCGUUACAGAUUGGAGCUUCUUGGUUCAGUUUGUCUUGGAGAUAAGAUGUGCCGUUUACAAAAUGUAUGGAUAUUCGUUUUUUUUUUUUUUAACCGUAAAGUUAAAAUUGUUAAUCCAACACCUUUUUUCCCUAAUUUUAUAAAUAUAAUGCCUGUUCUACAUGGA